CACCAUGCAGCGGGACACGGAACACAGGAGUUACCUUCUACUCUGGCUGCUUUUUGCACACACGAUAGCGGAUCUGCCAAUGUGCAAAGAGUCAGAUUAUCACUUUGAGUACACAGAGUGUGACGUCCUGGGCUCUCGGUGGAGGGUGGCCAUUCCCAACAAGGCCGACACAUGCACAGGCCUCCCGGAUCCAAUCAAAGGGACUCAGUGCACUUUCUCCUGCAAUGAGGGGGAGUUCUUGGACAUGCGGACUCAGCAGUGCCAGAAGUGUGCUGCAGGAACAUACUCAUUGGGCACCGGUGUGGCCUUUGACGAGUGGGACAGCCUCCCCACGGGUUUUGUCACUCUUGGGAUGAACACAAACGGCUGGGAUGUCCACACAGAUUGCUCCAACUCAACCUGGACACCGAUGGGCGACUACGUAGCCUCCAACACAGAUGAGUGCUCAGCGACACUGACAUAUUCUGUGGACCUGAAGAAAGAAGGGAUUGUGUCUUUUGAGUAUUUCUACCCUGAAAGCAGCAUCUACUUUGAGUUUUUUUUCCAAAAUGACCAGUGUCAAUCAACAGACUCCACAAGGCGGUGGAUGACAAUCUCUGAAAGUGACUGGAGCCAGCACAGGGUAAAGCUGAACAAAGGCAACAAUGUUCUGUUUUGGAGAACUACAGCAUAUGCUCUGCAGGACAGUGCCAUCAAACCUGUGCUGCUACGAAACAUUGCCAUCUCGGGUGUGGCCUACACAUCAGAGUGUUUUCAUUGUAGGCCUGGUACACACAGUCCAAAGGUGGGAUCUGCCCGCUGUGCCCCCUGCCCUGCUGAUACAUACUCCAACAAGGGGGCCACAGUCUGCCAGCAGUGUGGACCCGAUGAAUAUGCAGAGGUUGCAUCAGGAAGCUGCAAACAGAGACCUGCAUGUACCGACAAUGACUACUUCUACACACACACCCCGUGUGACUCGGAGGGGACGACCCAGCUCAUGUACAAAUGGAUUGAGCCGAAAAUUUGCAGUGAGAGCUCAGAGGGGUCGGUGAAGCUACCUGCAUCGGGGGAGAAGCAAACAUGUCCGCCUUGUAACCCAGGGUUCUUUGUUAGCAACUCCUCGGCCUGUGAAGCCUGUAUGGAGAACUUCUACUCAAAUGGAACAGUCUGCAAUCAGUGCCCUGUUGGCACAGAAGCUCUGCUGGGUUUUGAGUACAAGUGGUGGAACACGAUGCCAACCAACAUGAGGAGUUCUGCCCUACGUGGGCUGGAUGGCUCCAUGGGCAGCACUGCGUGGGAGGUGGCAGGAGAGUAUGUGUACACCACCCCGGGGUAUCGGGACACAGACUACCUCACCCUCUCACUCGGUGUUCCCGGAUACAGGUUGCCAUCGUCGGUGGCAGAAGAAAGCCAGCGGAUUGACCUCUCUCGCAUCACGUUUGUCUUUGAAACCUCAUGUUCUGCAGACUGCAUGUUUUAUUUCCUGGCGGGUUCCAAUCAGUGGAACAGCAACGUGGUGGAGCAGUGGAAGGGCAGCAAUGGGAAGCAGUCUUACACCUACCUGAUUCAGAGCAACAGGACCGUGACCUUCACCUGGGCUUUCCAGAGAACAGACAAUGACACAGCAGAAAUAAAGUACAGUGCUGAUACAGCAAAGAUCUACUCCAUCCACAUCACAAAUGUGAUUGGCGGCGUGACCUCCCAGUGUCGCCCGUGUGCCCUGACCUCAACCGACUCUGCCUGUGUCCCCUGCCCGGUGGGGCAAUACAUGCAGGGAGGGGGUGGAACGUGUGAGAGCUGCCCUCCUAACUCCUUCAUCAAAGCUGAGCAGCCCGUCGGAGAGGCAGCAUGUGUCCAGUGUGGCCCAAACACAAAGACAAAUAAGGCCUACACCGCCUGCCUCAGCGACUGUACGGUGGAGAUUCCUACAGCAGGCGGUGCUUGGCUGCGAUACGACUUCUCCCCUUUAUCCAACGUCACCUCCUUCCAUAGCAGCCCUCGCUUCACCAGCAAAGGACUGCGAUACUUCUAUCACUUCAGUGUGGCUCUUUGUGGGAAAGAGGGCAGCAUGCCGGCUAUCUGUGUGGACAAUGUGACAGAGAACAGCAGAGAGGUCAAAGGUCAUAUUUGCCAGUCCACCGUGGUUCCCUCAGACAUCAGGAGUCAGAGCAUGGUGUCAUCACAGCCAUUUCUCAUUGGCGACUCCCUCCUUGGCAUAACCAGUGACACCACCCUGGGAAAUAUCUCCUCUCCACAGUCGCUCUUCUCCUCCACACCGUCUGAUUUGCCCGAUGUUAUAUUCUAUUACCAGUCCACUGAGACCACUCUAGCUUGUAAACAAGGCAGGUCGGCCACCCUUAGACUGAGAUGCGAGCCAACAGGGAUGGCCACAGACCACAUCACACUGCCCAGUAACUGCUCAGAGGGGACAUGUGAUGGCUGUACUUUCCACUUCCUUUGGCGGAGUCGGCAUGGAUGUCCACUUUGCACCAAAAACAAUUACAGAGAGAUUGUUAGUGCUUGCAUCCAGGGGAUACAGAGAACAACGUAUGUGUGGCAGCAGCCAUUACAGUGUCAUGGAGGCGUGGGCCUACCAGCCCAAACAGUCAAUGCUUGCGUGACUCUAGAUUUCUGGCUGAAGUUCGGGGUCUCCACAGGAACCAUUGCUGCAGCCCUGCUCAUCACCCUCAUCUGUUACUUCUGGAAAAAGACGCGCAAGUUAGAAUACAAAUACUCCAAGCUGGUGAUGAGUUCCGGGAGCAAAGAGUGUGAACUUCCCACUGCAGACAGCUGUGCAAUAAUGGAGGGGGAGGAUGCGGAGGAUGACCUCAUUGACCUCACCAAAAAGUCCUUCUUCACCAAAAUGAAGUCCUACUCUCGAGAGAGAACAUCAGAUGGAUUUGAUUCAGUGCCUUUAAAGACAUCAUCUUCUCAACUGCAAAGAGAGGAGGAAGAUUCCGAUGAUGCUUGAAACAACAAGGGACAGACGGGGGUGGGGGUAAAAUUUUCAUAUGGCA